CUAGCCGCUAUCAGCUGCUUUACUUUUACCAGAAUCAUCUUUCUGCAAUCGGCGAAAACAUCCCAUUCCAAUCUUAGGAAAGAUCUCCCUUAUCUCAAAUCAAACAAGAUAGCAAUGGCUGCGACUGCUCCUGUGAUUAUGCGUGUAAUGGCGUCCUCAAUAUGCACCGCAAAGCGGGCUGGAGGAAUCAUCCGCGACGUGCUCAAAAAAGGCGACCUGGGAAUCGUGGAUAAGGGAAAGAACGAUCCCCAAACGGAAGCGGAUCGCUCUGCCCAGCGCUGCAUCAUUGCCUCCCUGACUAAAAAGUUUCCUACCGUAAAGAUCAUUGGCGAGGAAGGAGGCUCCGAUCUAAAUGUUUGCGAUGAUUGGCUGGUGACCGAACAGGAUGAAGGAUUCCUGCAGCAAAGUUGCCCUGCGGAAUGGAAGGAUGCCAAGCCAGAGGACUUUGUGAUAUGGGUGGACCCCCUGGACGGCACAGCUGAGUACACUCAGGGUCAUGUGGAGCACGUAACUGUACUCAUUGGUAUAGCAGUCAAAGAUUCCGCCGUGGGUGGCAUUAUCCACCAACCCUUCUACAAACAGCCCGAUGGUGAGCUUGGUCGCACCAUUUGGGGUCUCAAGGGUCUGGGCACAGGAGGAUUCACAGCGGUCCCUGCGCCAGCUGGGCAAUUCAUCAUAACAACCACUCGUUCGCAUUCCAAUGCCCUGCACCAGCAGGCUCUUAACGCCUACGCAUCUACAGAGGUUCUGAAAGUCGGAGGAGCCGGCUUUAAGGUACUGCAGCUGCUCGAAGGUAAAGCCCAUGCGUACGUGUUCGCUACGCCAGGAUGCAAGAAAUGGGACACCUGCGCACCCGAGGCUGUGCUGGAGGCCCAGGGCGGAACUCUUACAAACAUAAAUGGGGAGCACUACGCGUAUAAUGCGGAUGUAGAGCACGUAAAUCGACAAGGAGUGCUGGCCAGUCUGGGCCAGAACCAUGCAGAAUUGGUAGCGAAGAUUCCCGCCGAGGUGCGUGCGGCAGUGGGAGCCAAGUAAGAUAGCAAAUAAUUCCAGCACUUUAUUAGUUUAUUUGCACUAAAAGUAAACACAUAAAUUAAGUAAUAACAGGUUAAGAAAUUUGAGAUUUGUUAAAACUGGAAA